UCGAUAAACCCCUCCUCUCCCCUCCCUUCCGCCGACCCGCACCCGCCGCCUCCUCACCUCUGCUACUUCGCGCCGAAGCAGGCGGCGGCGCAGCGACCAUCACCGCGGGGACUCCUCUGGACGAAGGCCCGCAUCGAGGUGUUGCGAAUUGCAUUCGUUGGAUUCGUGGCUCGCGCGUGAACCAACCAUCCACCAUCCCCGUCAUGGCGUUCUGGGGGGUGGAGGUGAAGCCCGGGAAGCCCUACACCCACACCUACCAGGCUGACCACGGCCGCCUCCGUGUCUGCCAGGCUACACUUAGCAAUUGUGAUGUUUCUGGAAGGACGGUCCUGCAAUGCAAUGUUGGCAACAAGAUCCCCAUCAAACUUUGUAGUUUAAAUCCAAGCUUGGCGGAGAUGUGCCAUCUAGAGAUUGAGUUAGAGGAGGUUGAUGAUGUUGUCUUCUCAGUAAUUGGUCAGAGCUCCAUUCAUCUCUCCGGAUAUUAUGUCCGUGCAAGCAGCAGGUCUAAUGCGGGAGAUGAUGAAUCAGAAUCUUAUGGGGAAGAUAUUGGACAGUCUGACACUGAUGAGGAGCAUGAUGCCAAUGAGGACAGCUAUGAAUCUGACUUUAUUGAUGAUCGUGAUGUUAUAGAUGUUAGUGAUGAUGAAUGCUCCUCUCCACACCGCCGCAAACAAGCUUCUGGAAAACAGACUCGUAAGGCUGAAAGACGGCGGCGUUUGAAGAAGCAUCAAGUAGAUAGCACUGAUGAUGAUGAUUCUCCAGUGAUGAAGCCUGCUGUCAAGCACAAUGCUCGUGCAAUAUUUGAUAGUGGCAGUGAUGAAGAUAAUGUGCCUAUAUCUGUUGCAUUGAGCAAGAAAGACAGUGCUAAGGUUGCUGUCAAGCACGAUGCUCCUUCAAUAUUUGAUAGCUGCAGUGAUGAAGAAGAUAAUGAUGUUACAUUGAGUAAGAAAGACAGUACUAAGGUUUCUGAGGAAACCAACCUCCAAAAUGGACAGACAAAUGAUGGAACCAAAAAAAAUAGUGAUGACAGGAAAAGAAAAAGUUCUGCCAUCAGUGAGGAUCCUGCAUCGUCAAUGGAUAUAGAAGAUGCUAAUGCACCAUCUGUUUCAAAGCAAGGUUCUGAUAUAAAAAAGAAAUCAAAGAAAAAGAUGAAAAAACAAUCAGGUGGAAAAGAUGAGAAACAGUCCAAUAUAAGAACAUUGGACGAUGGGUUGAUGGUAGAAGAUCUGUCUACAGGAAACAUAGAUGCAAAAGUGGCUUCUGAUGGCUGCAAGGUUUAUAUCAAAUAUGUUGGCAUGUUGAAGGAGGGGAAAAUUGUUGAGUCUAAUCUUAGUGAAAAGCCUUACAAGUUCAAGCUUGGUGCUGGAAAAGUUAUCCGUGGAUGGGAUGUUGGUAUUCGUGGUAUGCGUGUUGGGGAGAAAAGGAGGCUGACAGUCCCACCUUCUAUGUGCUCUGGUGGUAAAUCAGUUGUAGAAGUACCUAAAAAUUCUUCAGUCAUCUACGAAAUUGAGUUGGUGAAAGUGAAAUAAAGAGGAAACCCACAUGCCAGGAUUUUGCAUGUCGCCUUUGCCGACAGCUGCAAUUAGGAGUAGAUGGAUUUUGUUGUGCCACAGCUGCAAUUAAUAUUGUGUUUCACCUGGUUUAUGGUUAACCUCAGUUUUUUUAGGUGGAAUUACGUGCACCACUAUCUGGUUUGUGGUUAAUCUCAGUUUUGUUUAGGUGGAAUUACUGUGCACCACUAUCUGUAGCCAGGUUACUCCAAUGACUUGUCGCACGGUGGGGCAUUUAAUGCUACAGAACCUUGGCCUGUGGUCACCUCAAGUGUUAAGAAUUUGUUUCGUUCAUGUUUUUUU